AAAGAAAAGGGUUAAAUGCAACAUUCGAGAGCCAGAGUGUAUCAGAGACAUCCUGAUAAACUCUGCAAAGCAUCUGGGAUUACUUAAAUUUGGAAUUUGGAAGAAGAUGAUCAACAUUGUCAGAUAUGUUCCCAUCACUCUGGAUCCAAACACAGCCCAGUCCAACUUAAAGUUCUCUGAAGAGCUGACUUGUGUGCAGUACGGCAGUAAGCAGCUCAUACCUGACAACCCUGAACGCUGCAUCAGCCGUGUGUGUGUGCUGGGAGCAACUGGCUUCAGAUCUGGAAAACACAGCUGGACCGUAGAUGUGGGACAAAGCAAAGACUGGUACAUUGGAGUGGCCCGAGAGUCUAUCAAAAGGAAGAGUACCGUCUUCCUCAACCCUGCCGAGGGCUUCUGGGUGAUUGGCCUAUCUAAUGGAGACUCGUUCUGGGCUCAGACCUCGCCUCGCACCAAGCUCAUGUUGAAGCAGAAGCCUGAGAGGAUUACUGUAGAGCUGGACUGUGACAAAGGGAAGGUGGUGUUCAUCAACGCUGCUGAUUUGACAACAAUACACACAUUCAAAGAAAAAUUUACAGAGAGGAUUUUCCCCUAUGUCUCCCCGGGCUUGUAUGAGGAGGGGAAAAUAUCCAGACCACUGACAAUCUGCCCUCUGACCAUAACAGUGGAUGUAAAAUAGACUCUCAUACAGUGGAUGCAUCUCUUAAGAGCAGUGGUUCCCCACCUGUGGGCAGGGGCCCACUUGUGGGUGGCAAAGGUAUUGAAGUAG